AUGGGCAAUGAGAUCAGCAGCAGCGCGCGGCCGAGAAAUGUCGGGGAGGCUCCACCGGGGGUUGUGAUAAAAAAGAAGGGAGAAUUGAUCGUCGUGGACACGCUGCUCGAGGAGGGCCUCAACGACGGCGACUUGCCUCACCUUUGCCUGGAUAAGACGCUCUUGAUGGGUUCAGGGCACGACACGUUGGGACCGAAGGACUUGGAGGACGUCCUGACCAGCGUCCGCAGGACAAAGCGCAAGCUCAACAAGCUGUCUGUCAUGUUCAACGGUACGGGGGGUCAAGGAAUCGGUAACUUCAUUGCCAAGGACACAAGCGUUCGUGAGGUAACGGUCCUGUGUGAAGAUCUGUCCGACGACUCCAUCCAGUCGCUGGCCGAGGCGCUAGAGACCAACAAGACGGUCGAAAAGCUCUUGUUGGGGGGAAAGGAGCUGCAGGAGGGCGCGGCGGCGGCCUUGGAGAGCGUGCUGAAAUCGCCUUUUUCCGCGCUGCAGCAACUGACUUUGUUUAACUGCGGCUUCCGGGAUGUCGGGGCGGAGCUCUUGGCAUCGGGACUCGCUCGUAACAACACCUUGCAGCGAUUGGACCUAAAGAACAACGCCGUCGGGGCCCGGGGUUCCGCCGCUUUGGCGGACGCACUGCGAGGGAACUUCGUUGUGCGGGAGCUAAUGUUGGGCACCAACUGUGUUGGGAGUAGCGGUGCCGGUGCUCUGGCGGGUGCGUUGUCGGAAAACACGGCGUUGGUGUAUCUCGAGUGA